AUGCUCUGUCCAGAAGUUUCGAAUUUUUCUCCGCCCAAAGUCAUAACUUACCAAAAAACAAAGCAAAAUAUAGAAUCCGUCAACGAAGCAAUUAAAUUAAAUAAGUUCUACAAAAGUAUUAUCAUUACCUGCCCAGACGAAAUAAAAAUACCAAGUUCUAUUGAGGAGAUAAUUUUAGAAGACAGUGAUUUUUAUAAAUUAUCUAAUUGUCCUCUCACCGAGUUUGUAGAUAGUGUAUUCAUUAACAGCUUUGUGAAACAUGGAAGUUUAUAUUGUUUAACUGCUGACAGCAACUGUAUAGUACAAAACUGCGCUGCUAUUACACCUGAUGGAGUUCUAACAUUGCAUAUUUUGGAAUUUAUAUAUCAAACACUUGGUCUUGAAGGAACAAAGCGGCCAAACAAUUACUAUGAAGUAAAAAUAGAUCUAAAAAAUCUUAAGCAUUAUAAAAAAAUUUGUGAUGCAUUAUGUAAACUUGGAAAUUUCGAUUUUUAUGUACUUUGGGAACCAAAUUCAGAGGAAAUAUGCCCAUCGUCCCUAGCAAAGUACUUCCAUGACAAAAAUAUACAUGUGGCAGUCUGUUCCCUCGAAGUAAGAAAUGUAUCACCUGAAAUAACAGAGAUACCCUCUUUAGAAGGUGUGGAGAUCGAGGACAUUGUUGAAUGGGUAGGAAUGUUAAGUCAUGGGGCAAAUAUAACACCUAAAGAAGCCUAUGUGAGUACUUACUCUCAACCAGAGAGCAUGAACCCACUAGAGUCAAGUAGAAUAUCCAUACUCAUUGUAAAAGGAUUUUUGACACCAACAAUUAUCAUGCAAUUAUGUAUUAAAUUAUCUGAAUAUGUUUUAAGUCGUGAUUUACAUAACUAUUGGGCUUCCAUCAGCAUUCAAAGCCAGGAGGAAAGCCUUUCGAGAUGGAAUUUUAGCUCACCAAGCAUGUUUCAGUCACAUAAUUCAUCAAUGAGUGUAUUUUUUACAAAAGCCGGUCAAAGGAUUUAUUCAAUAGGUCAAUUAAAAUAUUCGUAA